CUGGAACAUACAUGUGACGGGACCGUCAAUGAGCAAGCCUCGAUUGACGAGUAGAUCGGUUACAGGCCUACGUCAACCGUCUAUAGCUCACAGAAUUGAAACUCUCGUCAAGAGUUCUGUCAUGUUUCGUCAUGGGAGCAAGCGUGUAUAACACGACCGUUGAUCGUACACCUCGUUUCGGAACGGUUUGCCCACCACAAAUCUCAAGGCAGAGGGAAAAAACAUCCCAUUGAAGUUGCGAAAAGACGUUGCAAUAACAACGGCAUUCCUGAACCUCACAGUCACGGGCAGCCUUUCUAACCAACAUAUAUGAAAAACUUUUGGAGCGACUGCGGCUGGCGCGUUCUCUACAACACCUUCGAAGAAGGAUCCAUACAGGUAUCAGGUCGGAUUCGGGAGCAAAUUUGCGAGUGAAGCUCUUCCUGGUACACUACCCAAUGCACAGAAUAUGCCACAGAAGAACAAGUACGACCUCUAUGUUGAACAAAUGACUGGGAAUCCUUUCACGUCGACUCGAUCUGAGAAUCAGAACGCAUUUUUAUAUCGAAUUCGACCUUCGGUUGCUCACCAGGGUUUUACGAGACUCCCAGACAACCCUGAUUUGGAAUCCAAUUUCUUUCCCUUGAAUCCCAAAGUUCACGUCAGCCCGACACAACUCGCUUGGCAUCCGUUUGACAUCCCUCCACAAACCGAAAAGGUCGACUUUAUCGAUGGCCUCAAGACACUUGCGGGGAACGGUGAUCCAACUUUACGAGAAGGCCUGGCGAUUCACGUCUAUCUAGCCAACACAUCUAUGGACAAGAAGGCGGUUUGUAACUUGGAUGGAGAUCUGUUAAUUCUUCCUCAACAAGGGAGGAUCGAGGUGCAGACUGAAUUCGGACACCUCAUGGUACGGCCGGGCGAGUUAUUUGUGGUUCAGAAGGGCAUGAAGUUCAAAGUGAAAUUCCCAGAUGGACCUUCUCGUGGAUAUGUACAAGAAAUAUUUGGUUCGCAUUACCAGCUCCCCGAUCUGGGACCUAUUGGAGGACACGGUCUCGCCAACCCUCGGGAUUUCGAGCAUCCUUUAGCUUCUUUCGAUAUCGACCAAACAGCGUGGAAGAUUAUUUACAAAAUAUGUGGUGAAUUGCACGAGUGUUCUCAGGAGCAUACACCGUUUGAUGUUGUAGCAUGGCAUGGAAACUACGUACCGUACAAGUAUGCCAUGGAAAAGUUUGUCAACAUCGGCAGUAUUUCCAAGGAUCAUAUCGACCCCUCAAUUUUCUGUGUCUUGACUGCUAAAUCCAAGGCCCCAGGAAUUCCUUUGGCGGAUUUGCUGAUCUUCAGUCCGAGAUGGGAUGUUGCAGAUCAUACGUUCCGUCCACCUUAUUACCACCGUAACCAAGCUUCGGAAUUCAUGGGUCUCCUCUACGGUGGAUAUGGAGGUAGGAGUGAUGGAUUUCAGCCUGGAGGUGCCAGUUACGAGACCGGCUUUUGUCCUCACGGAGUGUCCUAUGAAACUUUCAAAGAAGCUACCGAAGCGGAAUUAGGUCCGAUGAGAAUAUCCCAGGACACUAUCGCCUUCAUGUUAGAGUCGAGUAUGAUGUUUACCAUCACCGAUUAUGCUAUGAAACGUUCCGGGAAGCUUCACGUACACGAACCGAAGAUGUGGGACCAGCUGAAAGGACAGUUCAUGAACCACAUUGACCAAGUAAACAAGGACCUUCAAGCUUCUGGCUUGCCACCACUGGGCACACCGUCUUAAGUGCCCUUUUAUGCUAUAUCUUUCAUAGUUCACAUAUUUCUGACAUGGUAUGUUUAUGAUUCUGCCAAAGUCCGUGCCGGUUCGCCCGAUGUUUCCGCUCAUCCUGUACCAAGUUAGCGAUAUAUUUUUAAUGUGAAGAUCAAAUAAACUUUGACCGCGGUAGCGCCUGCAGGGUACUCCUUAUAUCCCGCUGCAGCACGAUUUGGGUCAAAAAGGCGUUACUUCUUACCAAGGAUGAAACGUAGUCUGCAGAAUAUGAAUAUGCUUACGCAG